AUGCAGACACCCCGUCGGGGGUUUACAGUUUCGUCAGGCUCGAAGAUGCCCGAUCUAAUCCAGGACUUGUAUUUGAAAGAGCUUCGAGCAUACAAGCCGCCACCACAGAAGGCAUCCGACGCUGAAGGCCACGUUCAGAAAUUCACUCCUCCGCCGCCUCCGAAGUCUCCAGAAGAGACCAACCUUGCGAGUGAAAUGAAAGAAUACGAGGAACAGGCUGUCGAGAUUGAAGGACAGGGUGCAGCUGGGGAAACGCAGGCGGAAGAAGACUUCUUUGAAGAUAUUGAGGAAGAUGACGACGAACCUGCGCAUCAUUGA